AAAAUAAUAACAAAAUUUAGGUAAACACUCGCAAAAUCAAAGCUCAGUCUCCGCAAGACCUCCGCCCUUUCUGGACUCCUAGCCAAUCUGCAGGCAAAAACCAUGCCCUCUCCACAACCCUUCACGACGGCGUCUACCAUGCUCCGCCAGCGCUUAGCAUCCUCUCUCCGCACACGCGGAGGCGCUGCGGCGGGUUCCAGCCGGUGGACUUCUCCAGGCCACGAGGAGAGGCCCAAGGGUUACCUAUUUAACCGGACCCCACCGCCACCUGGGCAGUCCCGCAAGUGGGAGGACUGGGAGCUCCCUUGCUACAUCACCAGCUUCCUGACCAUUGUGAUUCUUGGUGUUGGGUUGAAUGCCAAGCCCGAUCUGUCCAUCGAGACCUGGGCGCACGAGAAAGCCCUCGAACGCCUCGAGAUGGAGAAACUUGGUCUCUCUGGUUCUGGAGAAUCGGAAUAGAAUCAUGAUCUGGGGUAUGACAUGACUCUUUGGUUCCAGAAACUUUUGUGGAUUUUUUGGGUGGUGAACUUUUUAACUGUUGUUGAUAAUAUGUAGUUCAAUAAGAGGAUUUUUUUUUUUGACUUUGUUGACAUUCUGUUUCUUAUAUGGAGCUUAAUGACCGCAAAUUUCUAUUCAAUUUGGAUGUUAUUGAUGUUAUAAGCUUUAACGAGUUUCAAUUCAGUAGUA